UCAUGGCUGACCACAUAGGCGUGCGUGUGUGUACGUUUUUUCUGCUUUUUUUCUUUGUGACACCAAACCAGUGCAUGCAGUGUCAUUUUGGCUGCACGUGUUUUGCAGCCACAAACACAGUGAGAUGUGUUUCUAAAGAUCUGCGAGCAGUGCCUCUAAGUAUUCCAGGAUAUGCGAGGACACUUAUCGUCACCGGGAACAACAUUCCCCAGAUUGGACCGGAUUCAUUCCCAGAAUUGGAGAAUGUCACCAACAUCUGUCUGAGCAAUAACAGGAUCACAGAGCUGGGUUCCCACAUCUUCUCCUCCAUGGUCAGCCUGCGCUCGCUGGACCUCAGCGGCAACCCGCUGGCCCUGAUCCACCCGGAGGCCCUCAGCAUCCCCGGCGGCCCCCUCCUGGAGCUCAACCUCAGCCGCUCGCUCUACAAUAGCACCUCCCUGACGGACCUCACCACCGCCAUGCGCUGGGGGGGCCUGGCCGGCUUGGUCCUCCUGGACCUCUCCGGGAACCGCCUGGCUCUGCUGGCGCCGGCCACGUUCUCCCGCCUCCCCGGCCUGCGGCACCUCCUCCUGCGCCACAACUCCCUGGCGUCCGUCCGCCGCGGCGCCUUCGCCGGGCCGCGGCGGCUGGAGCUGCUGGAUCUGAGCCACAACGCCUUCAGGGCGUUCCCGGCCGAGGCGCUGGGCGAGCUCGGGAGACUCGGGAAAGCGCGCGUCCGGCUGGGCGGGAACCCGUACCUCUGCUCCUGUGAGAGCCGCCGGUUUGCGGCGUGGCUCGACAGCUCCGCGGCCCCCAGGGUGGAGGACGCUGAGGACGUGCGGUGCGCCUCCCCCAGAGAGCUGCGAGACGCCCCCCUCCGUGGGGUCGGCGCGCGGGCCGUCGGGUGCGGGGUCCCGGUUCGAGGGGUCCCGGCCGGGGAGGUGUCCCUCCAGACGUCCUAUGCGUUCCUGGGCUUGGUGCUCGGCUUCGUGGGGAUGGUCUCCGUCCUGGUUCUGUAUCUGAACCGCAAAGGCAUGAAGAGGUGGGUCGCGGAGACCCGAGAGGCCUGUCGGGACGCGCUGGCCGGGUACCACUACCGCUACGAGAUCGACACGGAUCCCCGACGCGGGCCACCGUCGGACGGGGACGGUGUGGGGACGGGGCGCUUUGGAACGGCCCCACCGCCUCGGAUAACCCCUGACACGCGUGACGGCGGUCAGAUGCCCGCAGACGUGCGGCUCAAGGGGACGGGGAUGGCACCUGGGAACUAGAGAAAGAGUACGUGUGCAAAACUUGUGUACGUUGUCUGUGUUGUUGUUUUGGGAGGGUUUCUUAGUAUUGGAAAAUGGAAAUACAAUAAAAACAUCCAGGAACUACUUUUUUUAUCUGUAUUUACGGUAGCUCUUUACUACUUUACUUUACUGAAAAGGAAAAUAUGAAAGAAUAUAAAUAUCUGAGAUGUUCAGUUCACUUGCAUGAAUGAACCAUAAAGUAUUUUUAUCAAUAUUUAUGUUUUGUAGAUUCAAAAUAUGAAUGCAUAUGCAUGAUGUCCAAUAACCAUGUCGCCCUGCAGUUCAUCUCAUCUUUCUAAUGACCUUGUACGUUAAUUACAAACACAAACAUAAAGAAGUCACCAUUACACCUGUGUGAUAUGAGUGGCCUUUUGGUUUACAAUAAAACUAUAAGUUGGAUUUUUCACUUGCAUCUUU